AUGAACCCCACAUGGACACUUCAAUUUUUCGUCCUCCUGUGCUGCGCAAUUUUUGGAGGGCACAAACGGAAGGAUGGCGGCAAGAGAGCGCCCUUCAUUCAGGUGGCGCACUCCUUUGCUAAGAAGAAAGUGUGCACAUCUUCGUCAGACGACUCAACGUGUAGAAUGGUUGCGUUUGGGCAGUUAGACGUUUCGAACAACUCGGUGUUACGACUGAAGGUACUGAGGCCGGAUGGAAAGGGAUAUUUCUUAACUAUUCGAAGAGAUUACGUGACCAUUUUGUAUUACCUGAAAUAUAUGAAAGACAUCCCCUUCAAAUAUACAGAAGUAGUGGACGUUUUUAAUCACCAAAAGUUUAAAAAAUACAAAGAUUGGGAGAUUAAGAGGUACACCUCCACAUGUAACGUGCGCAGGAUAGAAGACAUAAAUAACCCAGAUGGAGAUUUCCCACCUCAUUUUCUUGAAUAUAUAAAGGGGGAAGCAUGUACAUGCCAAUCAUACAACUUGUUUAGGGAUAAUAAAGAUAUAAAGAGGUCAAAAUUGAAAUGCAUUUAUUUCAACAUGUUCUUUUCUGAAUCGGCCACCGUUUACAGUAGACACUGUGCCAUCAUGGACUUUUCUUACUAUGCUGUGUAUGAUAUAGAUUAUCCCCCAAUAUUUAAUACCCAAGUUGAUAUUACUGUGCAAGAAUAUUCUUAUGAUGACGUCAGCAGUGUUUUAAAUAAGACAUAUGAUUUAGUUACAAAGGAAAAGAAAUAUGAAAUGAAUGACUCCAUAACUGAAAUUAGGGAUGAUUAUUUCGACUUGUGGCUUCUUCUCAGGAGCGAAUUUCAUGGGAAAAACACGUUAGUCAAUUUAUCAAAUGAUUAUAUUCUCAUUCCUUCUUCUCCUGUAAACGACGUAGACGUCUUAGCUAGCGAUGUUACUAGGAAUUGUGGCCUAGAAGAAAAUUCUCCUCUGCUAAAAGGAUGCGAUUAUCAUGGCAUGUGUAGCGUAAUUCAUCCGUGCUUGAGAAAAGCUCUCAUGAUGCCUAAGUAUCUUUUCGAUUUGAGUGGCAAAACAUGUGAUAAGUUUGGAGUGUCUCUAACUAAAUGGAGAGCAGCUAAUGGGAACUUCUGUGCUGCCCCUCCUGGACAUUGCAUUUCUGUAAACCUUCAAAGAUAUUAUGAUGCGCACCAAGCAGCCAUGAAUUCAGAUGGGGCUUCAAAAUAUAAAAUUAAAAAUUUAUAUGCAUCGGAAGCACAGACGCGGAUAUACAAACAAUCCACUUUGCCUGACCAUUUGAAAGAUAAAAUUAAUAGUAAUCAUAAAAAAGUCGAUGUCAACGAUUUAGAUAAUAAAGUAUUUUACAACGAAGGGACAGCUGCACAUACGCAGUUCAUUGAAUAUAAAUUCAAUGGAAAUCACUCAGUGGAGAUUAAGUUCGAAACGAGUGCGCUGGAGGUGUACGAAAUUAGGCCAAUUUCUAUUGCCACCAUUACUCAUAUUACUACUCCAAAGAAUUGUUCUUCAAACGCAUCGGAGUCGAAGGAUUGUGUCUUAAUUGUGCAUACAUGGAACAACAGCGCCACUGUGGGCUCAAACUUUUCUUGCCAUGUCAUUUGCACAGAUAAGGACACCGGGAAGCUAGCUACUCACCUUGGUCCCAUCAGUCCUGUAAAAGCAUUCAUUGAGGCUAACAAGAAUUACGCCUUUUAUUUUAUUAUCAAAUUUUUAAUAAAUAAAGAAAUAGAAACCAUGUGUAAGGCAGUUCUUCGCGAUUCGAAUGGAAAGGAGUGUUCCAAGGAAGACUUCCUAUUAACUUCAAAAGAGACUGUGCACGUGGUAGACGUACCAGUGCCAGAAAUGGAAGCCGAAUCUAGUAUAACUCAAUACGACGACGCACCGGAAGUUGCUCAAGAUGCUGAUAGCGAUACAUGCAAGUGUAACCUUGAGGUUUUUUGCUACCUAUUUAACCUUCAAAAAUGUGUUCAGUAUUACACAAAUAAAACCAAAAAUGUCAUAAAGAAAUUUGCCUUAAUUGCCAUUUUGGUUAUCCUCGCACCUGCCUUAAUUCCACUGUUACCAUUUUUUAUCAAAUUCUUCUUCGUGUGUCUAUCCCUGGCCCUUAGAAUAUACCACUCAUUUUUAGUGGCAGUACAAAGCAUCAACCUGAGUGGUAUUAAGAAGCGCCUAAAUAUUCGCAGGAAAAAAAGCAAAUGCAAAAAGGGGGGAAAAGGAGCUUCCUCGUCAUCCUCCUCUUCCUUAAUUGACACGAGCAGUGUUUCCUCCAUGUCUCAAAAAGACGAUAACAGAAAUGGCUCCUUCCGUGUGAACAAGUCAACAAAACGUGAGGCAUCUAAACAAACGAGGACACACAAAAAAAAAUCUGGCAGAAUGCGUAACAAGACCAUGACGGGUACACACUCGCGCAUGAAUUAUAACCAACAGUGUGGCUCCUCUUCAGAGGGAACUGUAAUGUAUUCAUCGCAAUCUGCUAGUUCAAUAGACUUAAGCCAAUCGGACAGAUCUCCUAAACAGGGUGCUCGUGCUCCCUCCCGCGGACAUACAAGAAGUGGCUAUAAUGUUUAA